AUGGCGGUAAGCAACGAGGAUGCCAGUCUCCCCGACCUCGACGACCUCCUGGACCCCGACAUCGCGAGGAUCCUAGAUGAAGCGGAUCUCAUGGAGGCGUCAGAUGACGAGGAUGAAGGAACAGAGCGGGGCGUGGGAAGUGAGGUGGAGUACUCCAAAGACAGUGACAGCGGGUCAGAAUACAGCACUGCACAGUCUGACGCAGACUCUGAAGCCACAGAGGAUGUUGAAGUCGUGGGGGAGGAAAGAGCUGCUAGUGAUGCAUACAACACAGCGCUUAGCUCUCUUUCUCCCCUCCAAGGCGCUGACAUGCAGCCUUCAGCAAUGCCCAGCACAACAGACACGGCUGGCGCCUCGCCGGGGCGGCCGCAAAUGCCGGCGGCGCUGCUGCCGGCGAGCCCCGAGGACGAGCCGAUUGGGUGCCGCACGCGCACGCGGCUGCCCAUGCAGCACAUCAGCCUGGACGAGCUGGACGCGCUGCUGGGGGAGGAGGGGGACGAGCUGUUUGAUGAGGAGGGGGAGCAGUACCAGCAGUUCCUGCGGGUGCUGCGAGGUGAGGCGGAUCCGCUGGAGCUGUAUGAUGGCGAGGACGAUGACGAGGACUUUGUGCUGGACUGGGACGAGCUCAUGGGCGCCAAUUUUGGCAAGCCCACAGCUGCAGGCGCAUCCGAACCGACGGCUGCGCCGCGGCGAUCGACGCGCAUCCGCACGUAUGUGUACGCGCCAAAGCACACUCGGCCGGGACACCAGGAGAGACCGGUGCAGUCGACUCUGCUGCUACAGACCAGAGCUGACUAUGCUCGCCUGCUGCUGCGCAGGCAGCUGAAGCAACUGCUGCCGGCAGCGUCCCGGCAGCUUCCCCUGGCGCCGGCUGCGCCGCGGCCGCCACCACUUCCCCCCGGCCAGGCAGCGGUGGCGAUGGCCCUGGGGCGACCUGCACCAUCGCAGGGGCCCCCACCCGUGGCUGUGGCGGGGGGACCGCAGCCAAGCUGGAAACUUGAACAGGUGGCUCAGCUGCACCGCCAGGUGGCGCAGCACGUGCAGCUGCUUGUGACUAGCUUUGCAGCUGCCACGCAGCUGCCCGGCCGCGACUCCCUCGUCGCAUCAGCCGGCCACCUCAUCCACUCGCUGCAGGGGUUGCCGGCGUCGAUGCGCGCGUGGCCGGUGGUGAUGUCGGUGGUGCGCGCCCUGAGCGAGGCAGCCACCGUGGAAGCUGCCCUGGAAGCCAUGGCGCAGCUGCCUGCCUGCUUCACCGCCAGCCUCCUGCCCGACGCGAGUGCGGCCGUCCUGGGGCGAGAGUGGCUGCCGGGGGAGGAUGAGCUGCUGGCGAGGGGCCUGCUGCGUUUUGGGCAGGAGCCGGGCAGGCUGCGGCAGUACUUCCUGCCCGGCCGGGCGGCCGAGGAAAUUCCACCGCGCAUCCGCAACCGGUGCACACUGCGUGCCGGCGACAACCCCGUCAAGGCGGCAAUUGCGCGGUUGCGGGGCCCGCUGACGGCGCAGGAGAUUGCACAGAUUGAGGCCGGCCUUCUCUACUACGGGCGCCAGGCAUGA